AUUCAAACCCUAACCUCUUUUUCAACAAUAACAACAACACAAAAAGAGAAAUCACAUAGCAAAGGAAAUCUACAUUGACAGAGACAGGCUCAGAGGGGUAUCAUACCCCUCAACUUCAACCAGAACCAAGGAAUUUCAAUUCAUUAUAAGACCAAAUUCCUUGGUUUCAAUUUCCAGAAUCAUCAAUACCCCUAAGCCUAAAUCAUUGUUCUGCCAUGGAGGGUGAGAAAACCUACAUUACCUCUGAGGAGCUCAGCAAGCACAACAAGGAAGAAGAUUUGUGGGUUUCAAUUCAGGGUAAGGUUUACAAUGUCACAGAAUGGGCUAAGGACCACCCUGGUGGUCUUAUUCCCAUUUUGAACCUUGCUGGCCAGGAUGUCACAGAUGCUUUCAUUGCCUACCAUCCUGGCUCUGCAUGGAAAUAUCUUGAAAAAUUCUCAACUGGGUAUCACCUCAAAGAUUUCAAGGUCUCUGAGGUGUCCAGGGAUUAUAGGAAGAUGGCUACUGAGUUUUCAAAAAUGGGUCUAUUUGAGAAGAAACAGCAUGUCACUUUUUGGACAUUAACCUUUGUUGCUGUCAUGUUUGUUGCUGUUUGGUAUGGGGUUGUGAAAUGCACCAGCGUUUGGGCUCAUUUGGGUUCUGCUAUGCUGUUGGGUUUGCUCUGGAUGCAGAGUGCUUAUUUAGGCCAUGAUUCUGGGCACCAUGUGAUCAUGAUGAACCGCGGAUUCAACAAAUUCGCGCAGCUUCUCUCCGGGAAUUGCUUGACUGGGAUAAGCAUUGCCUGGUGGAAAUGGACUCAUAAUGCUCACCACAUUGCCUGCAAUAGCCUUGAUCAUGACCCUGACCUGCAGCACAUGCCGGUUUUCGCCGUGUCCGCCCGUUUCUUCAAUACAAUCACCUCUCAUUUCUAUGGAAGGCCGUUGAAGUUUGAUUCUUUGGCCAGGUUCUUGAUUAGUUACCAGCAUUGGACUUUCUACCCGGUUAUGUGUGUUGCCAGGGUCAACUUGUAUAUCCAAACAUUUCUGCUAUUGUUUUCUCCAACGCGUAGAGUCCCGGAUAGAGCUUUGAACAUAUUGGGAAUUCUUGUGUUCUGGACUUGGUUCCCUCUUCUUGUUUCUUGCCUCCCAAAUUGGCCAGAAAGGUUUAUGUUUGUGCUUGCCAGCUUUGCUGUUUGUUCCAUUCAGCACAUUCAAUUCUGUUUGAACCAUUUUGCUGCCAAUGUGUAUGUUGGGGCACCCAGCGGAAAUGAUUGGUUUGAGAAGCAGACAGGAGGCACAUUGGACAUCUCUUGCUCCUCUUGGAUGGAUUGGUUCUUUGGUGGUUUGCAGUUCCAGCUUGAGCACCAUUUGUUCCCAAGGCUGCCAAGGUGCCAAUUGAGGAAAAUCUCUCCAGUUGUGAUUGACCUCUGCAAGAAGCAUAACUUGCCUUACAGGAGUUUGUCAUUCUGGGAGGCUAAUCAAUGGACAAUUAGGACCCUCAGGAAUGCUGCACUGCAGGCCAGGGACCUUACCAACCCUGACCCCAAGAACCUGUUGUGGGAAGCUGUCAAUACUCAUGGCUGAUGAUGGAUUUGAAGUUUUGGAUUCUAGGAGAUUGAUUAUCAAUGUCUUUGUUUUUCUGUUUCUUUAAAAAAAAAAUCUGCUUGUCAUGUUAUUAGACCUCAUAUUUGGUGUAGAAAUUAAGAUCCCAAUAUUACAGUUAAUGUACUAUGCAUCAAUACAAGAUUCAUAUUAUAUAUGCUUUUGCACCA